UGCCGCUGAAGCACGCAGCUGCUGCCUGCAGCUGUGGUGGGUUGUUCUGAGUGUAGCUGCGAGGUUCUCUCCUUCCCAGCUCUGAUGUCUGCUGUCCUCCCAGGCCUCAGAGUGAAUGUGUGAGAUUGCCCGGAGUAAGUUUGUCUUACUGAGGCAGGCGGUGAUCCGUGUGUGUUUGACCCAGAACCAUGGGACUGUUUGACAAGCUAGCAGGGUGGCUUGGGCUGAAGAAAAAGGAGGUUCAUGUUUUGUGCCUUGGUUUGGACAACAGUGGCAAAACAACAAUCAUCAAUAAACUUAAGCCUUCAAAUGCUCAAACUCAGGACAUUGUUCCAACAAUAGGAUUCAGUAUAGAGAAAUUCAAGACAUCCAGUUUGUCUUUCACAGUUUUUGAUAUGUCAGGCCAAGGCAGAUACAGAAACCUCUGGGAACAUUACUACAAAGAAGGCCAAGCCAUUAUUUUUGUCAUUGAUAGCAGUGACAAAUUAAGAAUGGUUGUGGCCAAAGAAGAACUUGACACUCUUCUGAAUCAUCCAGAUAUUAAGCACCGUCGACUGCCUAUUCUUUUCUUUGCAAACAAGAUGGACCUCAGGGAUGCAAUAUCAUCUGUGAAAGUAUCUCAGUUAUUAUCAUUAGAAAACAUCAAAGACAAACCUUGGCAUAUCUGUGCCAGUGAUGCUCUUAAAGGAGAAGGCUUGCAGGAAGGUGUGGACUGGCUCCAAGAUCAGAUGCAAGCAAUGAAGACAUGAGAGAUAAAUAAAAGAUGUAUGGUGUUUUCUCUGCUGCUUUGUUAGCAGCUGACCAGUUCUUGGAAAUGAAGAAAGGCUUAAAGAAAAUGGAGCACUUCAGCUAAAUAUUACGUGAUGAUUCGUUUCCUUUUAGUAUCUCUUCCAGAAAAAGUAAAUAUAGAUAACAUAGUAUCUCAGGUAUGCACUUCCAUUAAUUAAAUUGAACUGUGUGAUGGGGGAGCAUAUUUAAAACCAAAAAUGUGUAAGUAAUAAGCAUCUGCAUUCAUUUGAGUUUUUGGUGAUAAUUAGCCAUGAGGGGCAGUGCGCCACUUCUGGGGGGAAAACAACUUUUGAACAAAUGGGAGUAUUUAUAUUCCUAAAGAAGAAUAGUCAGUACUUCCUGAAAUGAAACUAUAUGAAAUACCUAAAAUAGAGUUCCUACAAACAGUAGGGUUUUUUAAUUGAAAGUUUUGACGUUGAGAUUUUUUUCAAGUAACCAUCUGCAAUAGACUACUAGAAGAAUAUUUUGAGGUUAACAUGAGUUCAAAUGACUGCAGAUGUUUUAAGGAAUUUCUCAUUAUGAAAUGUUACAAACAUUUUCUCUGCUAUGUCAUGGUUAUACUUGCAUUCCCAUCAAUAAAACUUCAGAUAUACAACAUGUCAUGUUUUUGCUUUUUUAGACAUAAAUAUGUUCGUUGAUGGUCUCUACAUGAUAGAGAAAUUUGCUUUUCAGAUAAUCUCAUUUGGAUUUUUUGUCCAUUUUUUAAUGCAAAUAAGAUUUUAUAGUGAAACAGUUACCUCUUUUCUCAAUCUUUUUUUUUCUUAAUUGCAUACAGUUCCGUCUUUCUAAUAAGCAAGACUGCAGUUUCAGGUGUUCAUGGAGCAUAUGACUGAAAAAUGUAUUUUGGAAAUACAGUUAAGAGGCACUACUCUACUAGAUCACUAAAAUUUAAUAUGUAUUAUACUUGUCUUGUGCAUAAAAACUAUUUUACUUUCAAGAAUGACUUUAAUAAACUUUCUGACUUCAAAGGUACACUCUAGGUAACAAAUUAAGCCAGUGCUAAGCACUUUAUUUUUGUCAUGCCACCUCUUUCCAUUUUAAUGCCUCUUCCCAUGUCUGAUUAACAGGAGAACUUUGCACUGGGAGUGAUGAAGGAUUCUUUACUGUAUUUUGUUCCCACUAUCUGAUUCCUGUGGGAGAUGCAAUAUGUAGGUUUUGCAGAAACUUUUUCCCCUAUGGUAACACUUAAAACACAGAAAUGUUCUGUAAGCAAUGCAUUUUAUAGCUCACUUAAUAGAGGAAUAUUUGGAGCAAAGGGAACUACCUGAAAUGGUAAAACUUUCAUGUAUUUUCAGCUUUAUUAAACACUUGCUCUGCUCAAGGGAAUGCUUACUGUAAAAAUCUUUUUUAUAGGGAAGAUUACUAUUUUUCUGACAGUUGUUUGUUGUGAAAAUAUUUGUUCUUGAAGCCCUUUUCUGUGCCACCUUUGGCCUUCUGUCAACUCUGCAUCUCAAAUGAACAUAAUUAAAUAUGAAAAAGGAAAACUCAUAUAUAACUCUGAGAGGUUUUACUAACUUGGAAUUUUGUGGCAAAUAACUUUUGGUUUACUUUGUAUUGGAUAUUAUGGUAACAGUACUUGUUGGAAGCGUUUUUUCAUAGUAUGAAUAUUUUGUAAUUAUUCUGGUUCACUUAGAUGACUUAUUUAAAUGAGAUAUUUAAUUUUAAGUUGGCAGUAUUUUUUUUUCCCUCUUAAAG